AUGGCUCACCAUGAGAUCUCGCCAGCAAUCCUUUACUGGGGCACCCCAGUAGUGUUGAUUAGCACUACAAACCCUGACGGCAGUGCCAACAUAGGUCCAAUGUCAUCAGCUUGGUGGCUUGGGCACGGCUGCAUGCUGGGACUGGACGCUUCUUCCCAGACCACGCAAAAUAUGCUUCGCACAAAGCAGUGUGCGUUGAAUCUUACUUCGGACAAUAUGGCAGCAAAUGUCAACGCAUUGGCUCGAACCACCGGCACCGAUCCAGUCCCAGGCUCAAAACAAGACAGAGGCUACGAGUUUGUCAAGGACAAAUUCGGAUGCGCCGGGCUGACGCCUCUGCCUUCAAAGAAUGUCGCUCCACCCGGCAUCAAAGAAUGCCCCGUGAGCAUGGAGGCAGAAGUAGUGGCGGUACAUGAAAUGUUUGGAGGAAGGACCGUGCAAGGUUUGAUCCUCGCCAUCGAGGUCAGGAUUCUGCGAGUCAGCAUCCAUGAGGAACUCAGACUCAUUGGCUUUCACAAUCGCGUCGAUGCGGACAAAUGGAAGCCGUUGAUCAUGAUGUUUUGUGAUUUCUACGGCCUUAGGGAUGGGAAGCUGAAGCAUUCGAGGCUGGCAGAGGUCGAGGAGGAGUUGUAUAGAGGACUGACCGAAACGACGGGGGAGAUAGAAAAUGAGGCGGACAACGAUUUUGGGGAGCAUGUGAUCGGUCUGACUGCGUCAUGCCAUUAG